AUGGCUAACGAAGAGCUAAUGGCAUCUCUCGCGCAGAUGUUAGCCAAUGCCCUACGAUCCUCCAUUGAAACAGUAGCUGUGGGACAUCCGGAUGCCGUUAGGGCUGCUACAGCACAUCAAGCCAAGCCACCAUCGUUCUCAAUCUCCGAAUAUCGUUCUUCGGAAAACACCUCCGUUUCGGAUUAUUUCAAACGAUUCGAGUGGGCAUUGCAAUUGAGCAACAUCCCGGCUUCGCAAUACGCACAUUAUGCUCUAGUGCAUAUGGGUACGGAGCUAAAUAAUGCCAUAAAGUUCUUGGUGAGUCCCCGUGAUCCAGAAGACCUAACGUACGAUGAACUUCGUACGACGUUAGUUGGCCACUUUGACCAAGCAAGAGAUAAGUACGUAGAAAGCAUCAAGUUCCGCGAAAUCGUGCAACAAAAUGGCGAACCUGUAUCCAGUUUUGCUCUACGACUCCGGCAGGGUGCCGCACACUGUGAGUACGGAGAUUUUCUCGACAGGAUGCUGAUUGAGCAGCUUUUGCACGGGCUUGAAUCGCGUGACAUGUGUGACGAAAUUAUUGCCAAGAAACCGGCAACGUUCAAACUAGCAUUCGAGGUCGCACACACUUUGGAAGCCACCCGCAAUACAGCCAAAGAAGUUCGAACGGCAAGACCAUCGUUGUUAGCUGAGGCGACUAAUAAGUUAGGUUAUGAAAGGCCGAGGACGCGCAAAACAAACCUUCCCUCACACACACAGAACAAUCAAAAACAACAAUGGAGUGACCAACAGUCAUCCGAGCAGAGGGUUUGCGGUGGAUGUGGUGGCAAUCAUAAUAGAAGUCAGUGCAAAUUUCGUGAUGCAAAAUGCUUCAAUUGUGAGCGAAAAGGUCACAUUUCCAAAGUGUGCAGAUCCAGCACACAGAAUCCGCAGGAUCGAUCCACCGCCCAGAUCCAUUCGGAUGCGAUACUAGCUUCUCCAGUCGACGUGAUCCAGCCAUUGAGUAAAAUUCACUCCAUCAACACAUGUGGGAAGCAAGUUAUCCAUGUCACCAUUGACGGACACAGCAUGGACAUGGAAGUAGACACCGGUGCUCCUUGUGGUAUAAUCAGUGAAAAAAAACUCCGUGUUAUCAAACCGAUUUUCACACUGUUAAAAUCUGACCGUCAAUUUUCCAGUUACACCGGGCAUCGUAUUCGGUGUUUAGGUCGUCUUCCAGUGAAUGUUUCUAUUGGUUCCACCACACGUAAGCUCAACUUGUACGUUGUUGCCGAAGAUUACGAUACACUUUUCGGUAGGGAGUGGAUCUCUCAAUUUGCGACCGAAGUGAAUUUGAACGAGCUUUUCACCCAAAGCAAUACGGUACACUCGCUGACGUCUACAUCUUCCAAGAUCUCAAUGGAUCAGCAACAGGCAUUGUCACAGUUGUUGGCCAACUAUGAUGACGUUUUCGGUGACACGGCAGGAAUGCUUAAGGGACCCCCAGCAUCGGUGCAUCUCAAACCAGGUACAACCCCGGUGUUUGCAAAAGCUCGAGACGUACCAUUAGCAUUGAAGAGUAAGUACGCGCAGGAAAUUGACAAGAAACUUGCGGCAGGUUUCUACGAGCGAGUCGACUACUCGGAAUGGGCGUCCACCACCCACAUUGUGGUGAAGAAGAAUGGAAAUCUUCGUAUCACCGGUAAUUACAAGCCUACUGUAAACCCCAGGAUGAUUAUUGACGAACACCCGAUCCCCAAGAUCGAAUCCAUCUUCAAUCAAAUGAAAGGAGCCAGUCUGUUCUGUCACCUGGAUGUGACAGAUGCUUACUCACACCUACAAAUAGAUGCAGAAUUUCGACAUGUUCUCACGCUCAAUACACCAACACACGGGUUGAUUCGACCGACAAGAGCAGUAUAUGGAGCCGCAAACAUCCCUGCGAUUUGGCAACGUCGUAUGGAAACAGUGCUAAAAGGUUUACCUAAUGUGGUUAACUUCUUCGACGAUAUUAUAGUCUUUGCAGACAGUUUCGAAAAUCUACUAAUUGUCCUUUCAGCAGUUUUCGAUAGGCUAAAGAAUCACGGUUUACGAUUGAACCGUUCGAAAUGUGUUUUCGCCACCCCGGUUCUCGAAUGCCUGGGUCACAAGAUCGAUGCAGACGGUUUACACAAAUCCGACCAACACAUAGAAGCCAUACGAGACGCACCUCGCCCAUCGAAUCCAGAAGAGCUUAGAUUAUUUUUGGGGAAAGCCACAUACUACAAUGCUUUUAUUCCCUCUCUCUCAAUGCGGUCUCGUUGCCUGCGUGACAUGUUGCAGGAGGAAUCUUUCGAGUGGAAUGCCGAGAGAGCGUAUGCAUACGAAGAAAUCAAAUUAGCUCUCAUUUCACCGCAGGUACUGAUGCCGUAUGAUCCGAACCUUCCUUUGAUAUUAGCCACGGACGCGAGUAAAUUUGGGUUGGGAGCUGUUCUCUCACAUCGUUUAGAAAACGGUCGAGAGCGCCCAAUAGCGUACGCCAGCUGCUCUAUGUCUGCUACCGAACAACGUUAUCCGCAGAUUGACAAAGAAGCUCUCGCCAUCGUAUGGGCAGUCAAGAAAUUUUUCAACUACCUUUAUGCUCGCCGAUUUACUUUGAUCACCGAUCACAAACCGUUGACUCAAAUAUUGCAUCCAACCAAAUCGCUACCAAUUCUCUGUAUCAGCAGAAUGGCUAACUAUGCCGAUUAUUUGUCGCACUUCAACUUUGAUGUUGUGUACAAAUCGACGAAGGAAAACGUUAAUGCAGAUUACUGCUCUCGAAUUGCUCGCACUCCACGGAACAUCGACGUAAACAAACUUUCCGUUCGCGAGGGAAGAGAGAGUGAAGGUGACGGGUUUGAAGUGUUUGUUUUACAUCAAAUCGCACAACUACCUGUCCGUGCUGAACAUAUCGGACGUGAGACGCGCAAAGAUCCUAUUCUUGGUAAAAUCGUACAACUGUUGGAAGCUGGAGCCGAUUUGACACGAUUCGACUAUAAAGCACCAGAAGUCAAAUAUACUCUUUCUGCUACAUGUUUACUGUUUGAGCACCGUGUAGUGAUACCACCCGUUCUUCGUCAGUCCGUGUUAAAUGAUCUUCAUGUGUCACACCUCGGAAUUGUGAAAAUGAAAGGAAUAGCUCGUUCGUUUGUUUACUGGCCGGGAAUCGACACAGACAUUGAGAAGACAGCGAAAUCUUGUGCAGAGUGUGCUCGUCAGGCACAUGCUCCCUCCAAGUUUAGUGAACACCACUGGCAGUACCCCAAAGGCCCGUGGGAAAGGAUACACAUAGACUAUGCUGGUCCAGUGGCAGGUUCAAUGUUGCUGAUUAUAGUUGACGCGUACAGUAAGUGGUUAGAGGUGAAAGUCACAAAUUCAAUGACAACAGCAGCAACGAUUGGCAUUAUUGAUGAGUUAUUUUCUCGUUAUGGAGCACCUGUUACCAUUGUGUCAGAUAAUGGGCCGCAAUUUACCUCUGCGGAAUUUAAGGAGUUUUUGCAGAAUAGCGGCGUCAAGUUCCACAAACUCUCGGCCCCCUAUCACCCUGCAACGAAUGGCCAAGCAGAACGUUACGUGCAGACAACAAAAGACGCUCUGAAGGCAAUGGGAACUACUGCAUCGACGUUGCAGUCCAACUUGAACAACUUUCUGCAGAGAUAUCGCAUAGCUCCUCAUGCUACCACUGGAGAAUCGCCAUCCAAGCUGUUUAUGGGACGGAACAUUAGGACACAUCUAGACCUGCUAAAGCCCGAAGACGUUCGCCAGAAAGUAUCGAUGAAGCAAGAAAUCAACUUUAAGCCAUCUUUCCGUGAAUUCAGUUCGGGUCAGAACGUGUAUUUCCUCUCCGGUAACCUUCGUAUGGAAAAAUGGAUUCCUGGUGUGAUCGCCGUUCGACUGGGAGAUUUACACUAUGAAAUCGAAUAUUCAGGUAAACGAUUCAAGCGCCACAUCGACCAAAUUCGUUCGAGAUUCGGCCCUCAAGAUCAUCAGGCGAUUGAAGCAUCGGACGUAGAAGAAUCAAGCCAACAAGCUGCAUCAAGGCACGUUCAUUUUUACGGCAACGACAGCACGCUUCAUAAUGCACCUUCAACUCCAAUCAACUUUAGAAGUGCUCCUACUGACCAAGGAUCACCAGAGUUCUACACUCCAUCUGCAAGCCCAGUGGACAGCCCCGUUCCUCGAGAUCCUCCUUCGAUCAUCGUUCGCCGUUCGACACGAAUCCGUCAUCCUCCUCGCAAGUAUUCACCGUAG